GGCAGCGCCCCGGCUUCUCCCCGCCGGACUGUCUCAGACCCCAGGACCCCUCCCCUCUUCUUCCCACCCUCCUCGCCUUUACCCUCCCCGCCCUUCUCCCGGGUUCCCGACCGCGGCUUCUCCUCACGCCUGGACCUGCCCUUCUCGGCGCCCCUGUUCUCCAGGGAGAUGCGAUGAGCCGGCGCCCCCGCGUCCUCAUCGCCGUCCCGGGCACGGUGCCCGUCCGGUGCCCGCGGUGGGGAGGGAGCCCCCCGCGACCCCUCCGCGACGCCCCUCCCUUGGGCCCCCGCCCAGCUGGAGGCCCUGGGCCAUGCCCCAGGGGACCCAUCCCGUUGGUGGGCUCUAGAGCAAAGAGGGUGGAGAGGAGGGAGGACGGGGCCUUGGGCGCCUCUGAGAUGCUCCCAAGCGCCAGGGGAGGCCCAGCGAGGCGCCGGCAACCGGGCAGCAGGCAUGAUGCCCUCGCCCAGUGACUCCAGCCGUUCGCUGACCAGCCGACCCAGCACCCGCGGCCUUACCCACCUUCGCCUCCACCGACCCUGGCUGCAGGCCCUGCUCAUGCUGGGGCUAGCCCAGGUGCUCCUGGGCGUCCUGGUGGUCACCUUCAGCAUGGUGGCCUCCUCUGUCACAACCACCGAGAGCAUCAAAAGGUCCUGCCCAUCUUGGGCUGGGUUCUCGCUGGCGUUCUCCGGGGUGGUUGGCGUUGUGUCUUGGAAGCGGCCAUUCACUUUAGUGAUCUCCUUCUUCUCUCUGCUUUCGGUGCUCUGUGUCAUGCUCAGCAUGGCCGGCUCUGUUCUCUCCUGUAAGAAUGCCCAGCUAGCCCGAGACUUCCAAGACUGCUCCAUGGAAGGAAAGGUCUGUGUGUGCUGCCCCUCUGUCCCCCUACUCCGGCCCUGUCCAGAGUCAGGGCAGGAGUUGAAAGUCACCCCUAACUCCACCUGUGACGAAGCCCGAGGAGCCCUCAAGAACCUGCUGUUCAGCGUCUGUGGGCUCACCAUUUGUGGUGCCAUCAUCUGUACCCUCUCCGCCAUCGUCUGCUGCAUCCAGAUCUUCUCCCUGGACCUUGUGCACACGCUGGCCCCCGAGCGCUCAGUCUCAGGCCCCCUGGGGCCCCUGGGCUGUACAUCGGCGCCCGCAGCGCCUGUCCUUCACACCACGCUGGACUUGGAGGAAUUCAUACCGCCAGUGCCCCCUCCGCCCUACUACCCCCCUGAGUAUACCUGCAGCUCGGAAACAGAUGCGCAGAGCAUCACCUACAAUGGCUCCAUGGACAGCCCGGUGCCUUUGUACCCUACGGAUUGCCCUCCUUCUUAUGAGGUCGUCAUGGGGCUACGAGGAGACAGCCAGGCCACUCUGUUUGAUCCCCAGCUUCACGACAGCUCCUGCGUCUGCGAGCACGUGGCCUCCAUCGUGGAUGUGUCCAUGGACAGCGGAUCUCUGGUGCUGUCGGCCAUCGGGGACCUGCCCGGGGGCUCGAGCCCGUCGGAGGACUCGUGCCUGCUGGAGCUGCAGGGCUCCGUGCGCUCGGUCGACUACGUGCUCUUCCGCUCCAUCCAGCGCAGCCGCGCUGGCUACUGCCUCAGCCUGGACUGCGGCCUGCGCGGCCCCUUCGAGGACAGCCCCCUGCCCCGGCGGCCCCCGCGGGCCGCCCGCUCCUACUCCUGCUCGGCCCCCGAGGCCCCGCCCGCGCUGGGAGCCCCCACAGCCGCCCGCAGCUGCCACCGGCUGGAGGGCUGGCCGCCCUGGGUGGGACCCUGCUUCCCGGAGCUGCGGCGGCGGGUCCCCAGGGGAGGCGGCCCAGGAGGCGGCCGGCCCGCUGCAGCCCCUCCCGCCCGCGCCCCUGCUCGCCGCUUCAGCGACAGCUCAGGUUCCCUCACGCCGCCACCACCGCCUGGGCACCGGCCUCCCCAUCUGGCUCUCCCGCCGCCCCCGCUGCUGCUGCUGCCGCGGUCCCACAGUGACCCAGGCAUCACCACAUCCAGCGACACCGCUGACUUCAGGGACCUUUAUACCAAAGUGCUCGAGGAAGAGGCUGCCUCCCUUUCCUCUGCAGAUACAGGGCUCUGCUCUGAAGCCUGCCUCUUCCGUCUAGCCCGCUGCCCUUCGCCCAAGCUGCUGCGCGCCCGCUCAGCUGAGAAACGGCGCCCUGUGCCCACCUUUCAAAAGGUCCCCCUGCCCUCCGGCCCUGCACCUGCCCACUCCUUGGGGGACCUUAAGAGCAGCUGGCCAGGCCGAGGCUUGGUCUCUCGUUUCUUCCAGAUGUCCAAGAAGGCCCCAGACCCCAGUGGGAAUGGGGCCCAUGGGUUUAAGCAGGUGCCCCGGAGCCCAUGGGGUCGGCCAGGCCGUGAGAGCCUCCACCUUCGAAGCUGUGGCGACCUGAGCUCUGGCUCUUCACUGCGGCGCCUCCUGUCUGGCCGCCGGCUGGAGCGUGGUCCCCGCCCCCACAGCCUCAGCCUCAAUGGGGGCAGCCGGGAGACUGGGCUCUGACCUGGGCUUCCUGACCCUCUGAACACAUCCAGGUGAAUGCUGGGGGCACAGGCACCAGCUGGUGGGACCAACAACCCCCAGCACCCCACGCGCUGGCUGACACAAAAGAAACCUGCUGAACAUCCCCAGAAGUAUCCCUUUGCGCCUGCCUCUGGGGGCUCCUGCUGCUUGCCUCUGGCCCUCAGGACUGGGAGAGCGUCUGUCCUGUGCUGCAUGGGUAUCUGGGUAUUCAGGCUGUCUGGGGGAGAGGCCCCUGCUUACAGCAUCUGAAGAGGAAAAAAAGUCCUACGCCCCCAGUGUGAGAGCCCUCCGACUGGACAGGGGCACUCUGGCCGGGGCAAAGGCAUGUCCCAGUGCUUCUGCAUAGGGAGCUGUGUGCCUGUGCAAUGGGGUGGUGAGGCGUGAAGAGUCCAAGAAACCUGGGUGGCUCUCAGCUCUGCCACGUCUACCUGCAUGGCCUUGGGCAAAUUAUUUAACCUCAACUGCCUGAUCCGUAAAACAUCGUGAAGAUGAAUGUUUGCAAAGCUCUUAAUACACUAAAUAGGGCUUCGAUAAAUUUCAGUUUCCCCUUCUCUUCUGCAUCAGCCUUUGCCACCAUGGGAAUUUGCUCUGGCAUCUCUCGUAGUUAAGAAAACACUCUCAAGACAUUUAUUUCCAACUAUCUAUAUCUCUGCUCCUUUUCGGAGCAAAAUGUUUUCUCUCUGCCUUUCCUCCUCUUCUCGGAACACUCCCAUCAGGCUCCAUCCCCAUCUCUCCCUAGGCACUACCCUUGAAAAAGCCUUCAGUAACCAAAAAGGUAUCAGAUCCAACGGCCACUUCUCUGCCUGCGUGUCACUUGACUUCUGAGAAACAUUUAAGCCAGAUAAUCCGCAUCUUUUCAAGUUUGCCUUUCCUGUCUUUGAAGACAUCCUACCCCUACUUUUCCUCUCUACCCUUUUGGUUUCCUUUGCCAGCUCCCACAACUCAGCUGGAUCGUUCAAUGCUGGAGAACCCCAGGAUUUUCCCCUUGGCCCUCUUCUAGUUUCCGUCUGCAAAUGGCACUACCAAAACCUAUGGUUUAAAUACUAUCUGCCAUGGGGCGCUUGGGUGGCUCAGUUGUUACGCGUCUGCCUUCUGCUC